AUGGAUGACGCUGUGUUGGAUAUCAAUAUCAAGGGGCUCUUGGAUCUGGAGACCAAACUGAACAAUCUUCCUUCCAGCAUCGAGCGUAAAGCCAAGAUGAACUUGCUCAAGGUCCAGGGCAAGGAGCAACCUGGCGGCGACCUUGUGCAGCCGACGAAGAUGAGGUCCGUUGAGGACUACCGUAAGGACGCUGAACGCGCCAAGGUCGACCUGGACCAACUCGUUGGGUCGGUGGCUCCUCCCGGAACACCUGGGCUGGAAAUGAUCGAAACACCAGUGAAGAGCCUGGAUAGCACCAUGCGGAAGAUCAACGGUUGGCAUAAGGUCGAAAAAUGGCGUACCAUCCGCGAUAUAACGGAUUUGGCCCGGGUAACACUCAUCUGCAACACUCCUCACGAUCUUGCGGAUGGCUUCGAGUUGCUGAUGGUUUGUCGGGGCAUAUUUGUGAGAUCCAGCUACAUCUCAGAUCCUUCUACUGGCCUGAAGAACGGUCAUUACGAGGUCUACAAGUGGUCCCGUACACUCAGUGUCACGGAGAAAAUGCAGGCCGAGUAUUUUUUCAAGAACAUGGAGCAGAAGACGCUCUCAGAAAUGACAGAGCUGUCUCGGAAGAACUGGGCUUCAACUCGCAGUGUUCUCCCGGCACUGCUUCUGGCAUCUGGACAAUACGAAGAGGCUCAGAGUUUGCUUGCCCAGGUGGGAACCGAACGAAGUUUUGUUGUUGAGAACACGGAUUCGUGGAAGGCAAGAAUGACAGCUGUCAUCGUCACUGAAGAUAUUUGUUGCGACACUUUCUUCAUGUUAUGUUUCUCAACAACCCCGGUUGAGCAUGUGUUAUUCAGCGGGCUCUACCGACUCUUUCUGCUAACUUUCCAGGGCAAGUACGAAAACGCGGACGAUCUGUACCGUGAAGCUACCGAGAUAGGGAAGACACUGGUCUCUGGCCACCCUGAGCAUGCUUUGUGGCUCAAUUACCAGGCGUUGUCAUUGCAGAAACAGGUUAACAACAAGGCACACUUGUUGGAGGUUCAGGGGAAGUAUGCUGAAGCUGAGCCGCUCUAUGAGCGGUCGCAAGCCAUACGAGAGAAUGUGCUGGGCCCGGAGCAUUCGGAUGUGGGCCGGUCGCUUAACAAUCUGGCGGCGUUGAAGAUGAGACAGGUGGUGGACCGCUGUCUUAACACCAUCCCACUGCUUACACAGCGCGACUAUGAUGAGGCCGACCGACUCUUUAAGAGGUCAGAAGGUAUACUGGAGAAGACCCUGCAUCCGAAGCAUCCGGAUGUGGCCGCUUUGCUUAACAACCAAGCGCAGUUGUUCCAGAAGCAGGGCAAGAAUUCUGAUGCUCAACCUCAUUAUGAGUGGGCCACACAAGAGAAGGUACUUGGCCCGGAGCACCCUGCGAUGGCAGCAGUGCUCAAAACUGGUGUUGUAGAGUAUUUGUUCCUCUGCAAAGGCCUUCGCGCUCUUUUCGCACUUGUUCACGACAUGCCAGGGCAAAUAUGAGGAUGCCUGUUGUUUCAAUGAGAGAUCCCUCGCGAUCCGCAAGGAAGUUCGAGGCCCUGAUCAUCCUGAUGUAGCCGAGUCGCUCAGCAACCAGGCGGUGUUGCGGCUUGAACAGCGCGAAUAUCUUAAGGCCGAGGAGCUGUUCAAGAUGUCGCUGGAGAUCCUCGAGAAAACUCUCGGCGGUAAUCACCCUGACGUGGCUCAGUCGCUCAUCAACCUGGGCUUGUUGUAUGCGAUGCAGAAGGAUGACAAGGCCGAGCCAGUUCGCAUACGCUUGCUGCAUACUGACUGUCCUGUUCACCUGAAGGUUGCUAGAGACCUCAAUUUGUGGACGAAGUAUUUGAAAGAGCAGGGCAAGCUUGAUGAGGCCAUACAGAUGAAGCAAAAAGGUCUAGCAAUUGAAGAGAGAGUGCUUCCCCCAGACGACCAGCAGAUGGCUUCAUCGCUCAUCGGCUUAGCGGAUUUGUUGAAGGCACAAGGCAAAUAUUCUGAAGCGGACGCUCUAUAUCGUCGAGCUAUUGAGAUUGGGGAGAAGACUCAUGGCUCCGACCACCCAGAUCUUGCCAGAUGGCUCAGCAACCGCGCGUGGUUGUUGAAGAGUCAGGGGGACUACGCGGGGGCCAUUCCACUACUGGAGAGGGUCCUCGCAAUCGGUACGAAGACGCUUAGGCAAGACCACCCACUCACGGUCAACACUCGCAACAGCCUGGUGGUUUUGCGAUUCUUCAACAUCUGGGUCUGUAGAUGGUUCUGGGUCCGUCGAUGGUUAUUUUUCGCUACUCUCGUUGUGCCCAGCGCUGGCUAUGCUUUGUACCGGACGUGACGGUUCUCUCACGUCGUAUUUUCGUAUUUUAAGGGACCGUCCUCCCAAGGGUGAUGUGUCCGGUCGUCGUGAGGCAACGUGGAGAAAAUGCAACCAUACAGGAGAUGUGAGUUCCAGUUGUACACUGCACGAACUGAACCCAAAUGUCUUUUUGAUGUGUUGAGUGCUACCGAGAAAAUCUGCUGCCGAAUCUUUUUUAGCCACUACCAAGCAGUGCGUGAAGAAUUCAGCCUAUUGCGUACUCAGUAACGAAAACCGUAUUGCUUCGUAGCGCAGCGUAGCCUUCGCAGUAGGUGUGGCGGCGUUCAUUGUGUUUCAAGACGUCGUAUGUACCAUUCCACCAGUUUCAGGAUCGGUCGCAUAGUGUCUACAAGCGGGUUGCUCUAGAGGAUGGGACAACGGGAAACAGCCCGAUUUCCCUUUUCUCCAACUGAAAAAUUGAAGAUUUAUUACGCGCAUGAAUACCAGCACGAGCAUGUGUUACAUAUGUCAGGCCUAUCAACACUACACACGUAUCCCAGAACGACUGGUUGCUACGUCUCCACUCUACGUGGUUGAGUUGUGAUGAGCCUCCAACUACCCUGCGUCGUGGGGAACACUUGCUAUUCGCGGGAGAGUGCGCACGAAUCUUUCCAGAAGGGGCUGAUAACAGAGAAAUAAACAAGUGGGUGGUGCGGGGCUUCUUCACUCUGGCUGAUUCUGACCUUAUUACGUUCUAGACGGCCACUUUUCAAGAAGCCUAUUUCGUCUUCGACAGAAGCCCGAAAAAAUAUCAGUUCUCGAAACCAAAGGUCCAACUUCCGCUACUCCUCACAGGCAUGUGUAGCUGCUUACGUGCUCCAAACCACCAUGAUUUUUUCAGCAACACUAUCCGAUGCGCAUGGCUCAUACAAAUCGACAGCAACAAAUCCGAGCUCAAUCGGAGCAAGAGGUGACGAGCUACGGCUACUUUUAUGGGUUCCGCCGCAACUUAUCCCGAAACGAAACAAUAGUUUUAGAACCCGCCGCACCGCGAGCGCUCCCUCUGCCUCCCUCACACACACAGCCCUCCACCGCCUCUAGCAUAACAGCAGCAGUCAACGGACAUCAGCAGAAGCACCAGCCAGAUUCCCAAGCCACCUCCGUGGAGACGGAAGGCUUCUUCGAGGCUGCAGCUGCUGUUGCUGCUUCAUCAGUUUUUUUCCGCUUGGGAGGCAGCUCGGCUCUCGGCUCGGAUAUCACGACGACUUAUUUAAGGCUGUACAAGGGAUGGAUGUACUGCAGUAGCGGGUAGUCACGGCAGCCGAGAUCCGGCGCGCCUUUCUGAGCCGAGCUCCCAGCGCUGUCAGUUCCGUCGGUGGUAAUUAACGGCGGAACACGGAAGAGGAUGUCGGGAUGUCGGGUAUCGGGUGAUACCGGAAGAGUGAUCGAUCGCCAGACGCUACCCAACAACAACUGGCACACUGGUGAAGUAGCAUUAUUCUCCCUGCUGCUGUUGGUUAUGGGUGGUGGUGCGGCUCGUGUGGAGGGACCGCUGCUGCUCAGAGACAAGUAGAUGCAUACGCUCCCUUUUGCCGUUCCUCGUGGGGAAUCGCGGACAUUGUGCGCAUUCAGCAUCUGCGCAGCAGCACCUAAAUAGGAGGGAUCUUCAUCUCAUAGCACACAUGUACAGACAGCACUUCAGACAGCAGUAGUACGCUGUAGUCGACAAACAUCCAUUUUGGUUGAAGGCGGGACAAGGGGGGUGAUGCUGCUGCUGCUGUAGUCGAUUUGUAGUGUGUGGGCGUGUAGUUCAGUUGCGAGCAUGCAAACGUGCUGCAGGGAUUGCAGGUGUACCUCCUCGGGCUUGCGUACCCUUUCCUUGCUAAUAGUGUGUGUGUGUGUGUUCUUCAGAUCUUCUGAUGGCUCUAGCAUUUUUGUGACCACGGACCGAGUCUUCGCUAGAUUUUGGGAUUAGCAACUGACACGAGU